AUGGCACGAUGCACGUUGGCAUUCGGUAAUUACACGGCACCAUGCACCAUUGAAGGCUCUGUACCGAAUGUAUGGCUUCCAUCGGAUAUGUUAUCGGUCGCGUACUUUGUCACCAACCCACCUACAACGUAUCCAACAAGGGCCAAACACUUGCUUCGGAUAGCAUCCACAGCAACAUCAGCAGAACGAGAGUUCCUAUUAUUAUUAUCACAAUCACUUUCGGCUCAUGGUGGAAAACGAUAUGGCAUACUUGAUUUUCGACAAGCAUGUGGAUGUUUGGGAAUCCUGAGUACAAGCAGUAUCCAACCUGCCGAUCUCUUUGUCCUGCAAAUUGUCGAUAUACCCAACAACAAUGAAGUCAUUGAUUCAUCAUCAUCGCUACUCCAACAAUAUCCGCCUCUAGCACCAGAUCGAUUGCCAAUGGAAAUGCUUCAAGCUAUCAAUGAACGUCAUACACCAGAAGGAGAACAACGAAUGAAAAGCAUCGCUCAAGAAAUGUAUCGCAUUGCAUCAGUGUACGGUUAUUGGGACUUGUGGCGCGUAUUGGAAGGCAUUUGUCAACGAUUUAAUAUCGAUCCUCAACAAUUGAUAUGA